ACUUUCAAAUACCGCUUAGAAUGACGCUUGACGGGAAAAAUAAUGCUUGCCUUUUCUGGACAGUAUAAAAUACCUUCGGCAACGCCAGUUGGCAAGAAAAUGGUUUUUUUUCGUUUUCUCCAACAAUGUCUCCUUGUAACGUCUUUUACGGUACCUUAGUCCACUCGCUCAGCAUCACCGAAUUAGAAAUCAUCACCAAUGGUGUCCUUGUCGUUGACAACGGUGUGAUCGUUCAUAUGGAACGCAACGUUGAAGAUGUCGAUGCCUACCUUCAAAAGAACGAGAUCAAGGACUAUAACCUUCACCGUUUAAACGCUUCCCAAUUCAUUGUCCCCGGUUUCGUUGACACCCACGCUCAUGCCCCUCAAUACGUGUUCACUGGCUCUGGUAUGGACAUGCAAUUACUUGAAUGGCUUAAUACCUACGUAUUCCCCACCGAGACUGCUUUCAAGAAUGUGGAACACGCCGACAAGGCUUACACUACCGCUGUUUCCCGCUUUUUGCGAAACGGAACCACUACCUGCAGUUGGUUUGCCACUAUCCAUCUCGAGGCUUGCCAAAAAUUGACGGAUAUCAUUGAAAAUCUUGGUCAGCGUGCUUACAUUGGUAAAGUCAACAUGGAUCAGAACGCUCCCGAUUUCUACAUCGAAGAAACCGAUGCUAGCUUGAAAAACACACGCACCUUUGUGGAAUAUGUGCAAAAGAAGGAAAGCAAGCUGUUGACGCCGGUCGUCACUCCCCGUUUCGCUAUUACCUGCUCUUCCCGUCUCAUGAACGGUCUCAGUGAGAUCGCUAAGGAAUAUGAUGUCCCGAUCCAGACUCACUUGUGCGAGAACCCUGACGAAAUUCAGUUCACCUGCUCUUUGUUCCCCGAAUCCAAGGAUUACACUGCUAUUUACGAUGACCACAACCUUUUGGGCGAAAAAUCUUACAUGGCGCACUGUGUUCACAUGACGGACGAUGAAAUCAAGAUGUUGGCUGACCGUAAGACUGGUAUUUCUCACUGCGCCAACUCCAACUUCUCUUUGCACUCGGGUGUUUGCGAUGUUCGUCGUUUCAUGGAAAGUGGUGUCAAGGUCGGCCUCGGUACUGACGUUGCUGGUGGUUUUGCUCCCUCGAUGUUGGAUGCUAUUCGAUCGACCUUCUUUGCCUCCAAAACCAUCAAGGUUCUCAAGCGCGAUGGUAUGCUCAAGGGUGGUGAUGAUUACGUUCCUCUGUCACCUGCAGAAUUGUUGUACCUUGCUACAAUGGGUGGUGCCAAGGUCUUGGGCCUGCAAGACACCAUUGGUAACUUUGAAAAGGGUAAAGCCUUCGAUGCUUUGUGGGUGGAUCUUGAGAACGAUGGUGGUGUUGAUUUGAUGGGCAUGGAAUCCCCCUACCAAAAGGUUCAAAAGUUCUUGUUCAACGGUAGUGAUAAGAACUUGCUUCAUGUAUAUGUUCAAGGCCGCCGUGUCGCCGGUGCCGCUUCUGCUUAGAUUGUACAAUAAAUUUAAUUUCAUUUUCCCGUUUUUUACUGUAAAAAU